CUCACGUUUAAAUGACUCGCAUAUUAAUUUGAAAUUAAAUUUUGCUGUCAAAUAGAACAUUAUACAAAUAGUCGAGUCUUCCUUUAAGCAUAGUUUCUGCCUCGGAUCACCUCUAUAAAUUUCAACCAUUUUCAGAAGCUAAAUAUCAUAAACAUUUUCAAUAAUAGUCUCUUGCAAUACCAAAAAAAUGGCGGCAAAAUUUUCAGUUCCAAUCAAAAUCAUCUCCUUCUCAAUAUUACUUUUCAUAACCAUUAACAUAGUUAAUGGUCAAGCUCAACCAAAUCAAUCAACCUUGGUGUUCUACCUACAAGAUGUCGGAAAAGGACCUAAAGCGACCGUUUCACCGGUUAUAGGCAUCAAUGGCAAGGUUUGGUCAUACAACACAUUUGGAACAAUAUUUGUUGUUGAUGAUCCUGUUACAUUAAGUCCUAGUCCAUUUUCAACUCUAAUUGGAAAGGCUCAAGGUACAAUCACAGUAACUUCUCAAGAUGGCGCAAAUGUGAACAUAGUUUUGUCAAUUGUGUUUAACGAUGUGCAAUAUGCUGGUAGCACUUUAGAAAUUCAAGGUACAAGUCGUCAACGUGAUAAUUUAAGAGAGCUUGGUGUUGUUUCUGGAACGGGAAGAUUUCGAUUUGCAAGAGGGUUUGCUGUGUUUGAAACUAUAUCUUAUGAUCCUACAAGUAGUGAGUCUGUUAUUAGGUUGACUGUAACCUUGGCAAUACCUUAAAAACUUAUGUAUUAUUACAUGGUUAAUGCUUGUUAAAAUAGUCAUAUGGAUGUAUGAUCAUGCAAGCUUCAUAUAUGUACCAAUAAACUAAAAUCAAAUAGCAAUAUAUGAACAUCUUAUCUUAUUAGUUA